CAAACAAGACUUUAAUGCUUUGGAAGAAUAUAAUGCACCCUGGAGACAUUGCUACAAGUAUUGACAGCAAAAAGCCAAAUGAAGAGCAACACAGAUGACAGACGUUAGAACUUGUACAACCCAUGAUGUGUCCCAGAUCAAUUGCCACCAGUGUGUCUCCUGAAAAGCAUUUGACCUGCAAAUCAACAAUAAUAAUGGGGUCUAACAUGUCAUAUGUGAAGCUUCCAGAUCAUCAUCAACAUCUGGGUCAAGGCAACAGUAUUUUAGCCAACUGUUCACAAGAUCUACCUGGGAAUUCUACCAGUAAUGAAUUCACAACCAUUGUCUUACCUGUGCUUUACCUCGUCAUAUUCCUGGCUAGCCUCUUACUGAACAGCUUGGCUGUAUGGAUUUUCUUCCACAUCAGAAACAAGACCAGCUUUAUCUUUUACCUCAAAAACAUUGUGGUUGCGGACUUGAUGAUGACCCUGACAUUUCCAUUUAAAAUCAUCCAGGACUCAAGGCUGGGGCCAUGGUACUUCCAUUUUUUCCUGUGCCGGUAUUCGACCGUUUUGUUCUACGCCAACAUGUACACUACGAUUGUGUUCCUUGGGCUCAUUAGCAUCGAUCGUUAUCUGAAAGUGGUGAAACCCUUUGGGGAUUCCAGGAUGUACAGCAUCAGGUUCACCAAGAUUCUGUCUGCGUGUGUUUGGGUCGUCAUGGCAUUUUUAGCCUUGCCAAAUGUGAUCCUUACAAAUGGUCAUGCGACUAGGAAAAACGUAGGCGACUGCUUAAAGCUAAAGAGUUCCCUGGGAGUCAAAUGGCACAGAGCUGUCAUUUACAUCAACAACGGCAUGUUUGUCGUUGUACUGAUAGUAUUGAUAGGAUGUUACAUUGAAAUAUCAAAGUAUAUCUACAAAUCAAGCAAACAAUUUACCAGUCCUUCAAGUCGCAAACGGAAGCACAACCAAAGCAUAAGGGUGGUCGUAGCAGUGUUUUUCACGUGUUUCGUGCCAUAUCAUUUGUGCAGAAUACCUUUUAUUUUUGGCCACCUAGAUAAACUUUUGGAUGAAUCGGCACACAAAAUCCUGUACUACUGCAAGGAAGUGACACUUUUCCUUUCUGCGUGCAACGUGUGCCUAGAUCCAAUCAUCUACUUUUUCAUGUGCAGAUCAUUUUCAAGAAGGAUGUUUAGGAAAUCAAACAUGCGAACGAGGAGCGAAAGCAUUAGAUCGCUUCAGAGUGUUAGAAGAUCAGAGGUGCGAAUAUAUCAUGAAUACGUUGAUCUGUGACGCUGAAGAC